AUGGAUGUGGUAAAAGUUGUUGAUGUUAAAAAAGUGGAUUUGGACCUUAUUUUAAAUAAAUUCGGGCUGGCCAAACGAUACCACAUUCAAAUGAUUAGUUUGAUAAUGUUGGCCAUGCUGUGUAACGGAAUGUAUACCAUGAAUUAUGUGUUUGCCGCAGAGGAAGUUUCUUACAGAUGCAAGGAGGAUUUAGAUAAUAAUUCACAUUGUAAUCCAUCUAACUCAUCUCACAAGUGUUCAGAAUGGGUGUAUGGCAAUCCUGAUAGUUUUUUCGCGUACUUUGAAUUAGCUUGUCAAGAAUGGAAACGAACACUUGUUGGAACGGUACACAGUGCUGGAUAUAUGUGUGGCUUGCUGCUGAUUGGACCCAUGUCCGAUAGGUUUGGAAGAAAACCUAUUGCAAUUAUUGCAGGUGUUCUCGGAGCAAUAUUUGGUAUCUUAAGGAGUUUCUCUGUAUGGUAUUGGUUUUAUAUAGCGCUGGAAUUUGUCGAAGGUGCAAUAGGAGAUAAUAUUUCGCCGAUGUGUAUUUUGACAUUAGAAUCAAUAUCUACAAGAAAAAAGCUAUAUCCAUUUAUGUUUGCCAAUUUGGGAUUCGUUGCAGGGGGGGUAACUUUGGCUAUGGUAGCUUGGCUAACGCCUAAUUGGAGAUGGUUCCUGCGAGUUAUUUACAUACCUGCUUUCUUAUUUCUCACUUACAAGUGUUAUCUUGAUGAAAGCCCACGAUGGCUCCUGACAAAAGGAAAGAAAGAUGACGCUAUAACCAUCCUCAAAAAUGCAGCAAAGAAGAAUAAAAUUGAAAUUGACAAAGAAUCGCUAGAAAAUUUAACAUGUGAAGUUAAUGAAAAAGUAUCCUUUGCAGAAUUGUUGAAACAAACGUUUAAGUCUAAAGAGUUGAGGAAACGAUUCUUUGUUUGUAUUAUUUGGUGGACAACCUCUACUUUUGUAAAUUAUGGUUUGAUGAUCAAUUCGGUGUCUUUGCAAGGAAACAAAUAUGUUAACUUCAUUUUGGCUGCGUUGGUGGACUUCCCUGGAAUUAUUAUUGCUACUUACUUAUUGAUUAAUUUUAGAAGAAAGCUUCCAUUGAUGCUUUCAUUUUUCGCUGGAGCCGUUUUGUGUACUGCACAACCAUUUCUGCCGACAGAUUUACCAUGGCUCUCAAUAUUGUUUUAUAUGGCUGGGAAACUGAUGUGUGCGUUCUUUUUCUACAUAACCUACGUUUACACUGCGGAACUUUUUCCGACGUAUACUAGAAACUCUAUGCACGCAUUGUGUUCUUCUAUCGGUCGUGUGGGCUCUAUAGUCGCACCACAAACGCCACUUCUGAGGGUGCACUGGGCUGGUUUGCCCUCGUUCGUUUUUGGCGUGGCAGCACUCAUCGCUGGGCUGUGCACGCUGCUGGUGCCCGAUGUAGCGGAAGAUGCGCUGCCCGACACCGUGCGCCAGGCUGAAGCUUUGGGCACAUCCAACAAGGCUGAGGUCGUUGUGGGCCAACGGGUUAAUACUCAAAGGCUUAGUUCUGUUGCCUAUGCAGUAGAAAAGAUACGCCAUAUGACAGAAGUAGAAAUUGCUAGAUGUAAAGAUGAUUUAGAAAAUAACACGCAUUGUAAACUGCUUAAUUCUUCACACGCGUGUUCAGAAUGGGUGUAUGAUGAUCCCGAUAGCUUUUUCGCGUAUAGGGUAUACUGGAAUGGCUUGCCCUCGUUCAUAUUUGGUGUGGCCGCGUUUACCGCUGGGCUGUCCACACUGCUGGUGCCCGACGUAGCCAACAACGUACUGCCUGACACCGUGCACUAG